AUGAGACGUUUAGAGUGGGGCGCUGUAUAUAACAGAAGUAAAGAAAAAGAACUAAGAGAGUGUACAAUAUGCGGCGAUAUCGCAACAGGCUAUAAUUUCAAUGCCCUCACGUGCGAAUCCUGUAAGGCAUUUUUUAGACGCAAUGCAAUUAAGGGUAUCAAAAGUUGUAGUGUUGAAGGCAAGUGUGUAAUCAAUUUAAGUACACGAAGAAUAUGUGGUUAUUGUAGACUCGAAAAGUGUUUCAAUACCGGAAUGAAAAAGGAAUGGAUAUGGAAUGAAGAGGCAAAGGAAUGCAGGAAAAUGAAGAUCGAGAUGAAUCGAUACAGACGUCAACUUAUGCAACAAAAACAGGCAAACAUUAAAUCUACAGACACUGUAUCGUCGACCACAGUCUUCGCCACCGGAGCUGAUUCACCACUUGACUCGGAUGUCAUCAAUCAAUCGGCAAACAUAUCAUUCAUAUUAUCAAUUAUGACAAAGAGUGGUAACAAUCACUUCAGCCAUAGUAACAGUCAAUCAUCGGACAACUCGGGCGACAGUAUCGGCGAUCAGACACCGACACAGACCUCCAUCAGUGAUGAGGUGUACCGGAAGGCCGUCGAGAUGGAGAUGUCGGUCACACCGGUGUCCAGACCUCACCUACACUUCGGCCACACCUUCACUGAGUCGGAGGGCAAUCGGUUCACUGAAUUGCUAUUCGCGGCCAAACUAUUGCAGAAUCACAUGAAGGCCUACACAUCGCAAAUAACGACAGUCAACGACUAUUUCCAUACGUUAGACAUUAAGUUUGAACAGGAAGUGAGAAAAUUAAUCAAAUCGUUUAAAAUGCUCAUGUGCUUUAAUGACAUUUGCGAACAAGAUCGUCACACCCUGGUCAAACACGGCAGUAAUGAAAACAGUAUUAUUAAAGUUCAGCUUAAUAUAAUGCAAGAAAACGACAAUUACUAUCUAGAGCUUAUUGAGUAUUUUAAGAAGUUAAAACAAGAAAUGGAGCUUGAUAAUCGUAUAUUAGACAUGAUGACGGCUAUAAUUCUGUUCAACCCUGACAUCUAUGGACUAGUCAACCGAGAUGCAAUUAGCUCGAUAUGCGAAGCGAACGGAAAGUUUUUGAGACUUUUAAAUAGUUUGAUAUUUUUGGGCGCUUUUAAUGAUAAGAUACGCAAAACAGUGUCCGGAAGGCCACGUAAUCACAAGUCGGAGCUCAUCGACGAGAUUAUGUAUUGCGAUAAUACUAAUAAUAUGUUGGGUUGUGUUAUAUAA